UUGGCUGAACUGAUUACAGUCUGUAGAAAGUUUUAUUACAAUUUUAUAUACAUUUAAACUGAAGGGGGGAAAAACAUUAGUUAACUUGUAGUAAUUUUAGUUUCUGUACAGUUCAUAGACACCCCCUUACACACACACACACACACUCCCCCCUUCACUUGUCCUAAAAUAGCCAACGGCCUUCUUCUCCUCUUUCAGCUGCUAUUUUUGUAAAGGCCAGUCGCAGAGAUAAAAGAACCAACGCAAAAUCUCUGAAGCUAGUUUUUAUUCUGUCGCGAAUACAUUUAAACUAAAAUAGGCCGCUGGAUUAAAAAAAAAACAAAAAAAAAACCCGUCGCAGGAAAAGUACAAGAAGGCCGCAGCGGGAAAAGUUCGGAUCCGCGGUGUCGCCUGAGCGACUGAACCGACCGGCGAGUCCCCUGAUUCCGCGGAGGAACAUUAGCAUGGCCGGUCCUGCUGGUCUUGAACACUAUAAGGUGGGCAUGUUGCUGAGCGGAGUUGGAGAUGCUCUGGGUUACAGAAAUCAGCUGUGGGAAUACAACGAGUCCGGCCCAGCCAUCCAUCAGGAACUACAGGAGCUUGGCGGCCUAAAGAACAUCACUGUUCAACUUCCUGAUUGGCCAGUGAGUGACGAUACAGUCCUCCACCUGGCCACUGCCGAGGCUUUAGCCACAGGAAAGGAAGGUGAGGAUCUGCUGCAUGAGGUGGCAUCUCGUUAUGUGGAGGGUAUGAAGGAUAUGGAAGGGAGGAAACCGGGACCAUCGAGCAUCCUGGGUGUGUCUCAGUUAAAACCAGGUACAGAAGGGGGCUACAGAAUAGCUUACAAUCCAGAUGGGACAGGAUGUGGAGCUGCCAUGAGGUCCAUGUGCAUUGGGUUGAGGUACCCUCAACCGGAGCAGCUCUCCUCUUUGGUCACUGUUGCCAUGGAGACCGGCAGAAUGACCCACCCUCAUCCGACCGGAUUCCUCGGUGCUGUUGCUUCUGCGCUGUUCACAGCUUACGCUGUCCAGCGUCGUCCAAUCAUGACCUGGGGGCUGGGCUUACUAAAGGAGGCCUGUCCAAUAGCAAGGGAACUUGUGAAGUCAUCAGGAUAUGCCAUUUCUGAGACAGAGAGAGACUGGGGAUACUUUAUGGAGAAAUGGAAAUGGUAUCUUGAAUUGAGAGGCUUGUCCUCAGGAACGGGUCCAGUGGUGUUUCCUGAGCAGUAUGGACCAGCUGAACGUGACGAGGCAUAUAAAAGCUUCAGCCUCUCAGGAUGGGCGGGGCGAAGUGGUCACGAUGCGCCAAUGAUAGCUCUGGAUGCUCUCCUGGGGUCGGGGUCGAACUGGGAGGAGCUAAUGAGCCGUGCAGGUUUCCACGGAGGAGACAGCGACAGCACAGCCAUUAUUGCGUGUUGUUGCUGGGGUUUGAUGUACGGCUUAGAGCAAGUCCCCGAAUGUAACUACACCAGCCUGGAGUACAGGGACCGCCUGGAGAACAGUGCUGAGAAACUUUACGCUCUGUCACACUGAAACCAUCCCAUCAUUUCAUCAUCAUUAUCUCACCGGAUGAAAUCAAAAAUCGUUUACUUAAAAAGGAAAUUUAACUGUAGUUAGCUAGACUUUGUUUGGUAACGUUGCAUCUGCAGAAACAGAGUCAUGUAUUAGUGUGUUACCUUUCUAUCCAUUACUGUACUAUUGUGCUGCUUUGUGCAGUAAGUUAUGAUACUCUAAUCUUGUUUAACUGCGUUGGGCAGAAAUCAGAAAUUAAAAACCAUGUCUUAAAUCAGUGCAGGUUACAGUAAAAUGUAGGCCAGCUAGCUAUCUAAUCACAGUUACUGCUCAGAUUGAAGUUUGUACGAAAUCCUUUUUCUUGCUAGCUAACUCAUAGCAAACUACAAGCACUGUCUGUACAGUAGGUGAUCUGGAUGAAAUGCCUAACAUUUUUUUGUUAUUGAAUUUAGAUCAUGGCAGAUCAUGUUGUGUUAGCUAAAUUGUACAGUAGUAUGACCAAUUCACCUGGUACUGACAAAACACUUAGGAUUUGGUGACAGGAAUACUUAGGUCACCUAGGUAUAACGAACUGGACAUGCUACGUGCCACGUUGUCUUACCAAAGCUAGCUAAAUGUAAUGUUAAACAUAACAUUAACAUUAUUUGAUUAUCAGCAUAUGCACAGCAAUCACUGAGUAAA